CCACAGACCCAAGUGCCUUGGAACAGGAUUGGUCAGCUAUCCAGAAUUUCUGUGAGCAAGUGAACAUCGACCCCAAUGGGCCAACCCAUGCACCCUGGCUGCUGGCCCACAAGAUCCAGUCUCCACAAGAGAAGGAAGCUCUGUAUGCCUUGACGGUGCUGGAGACGUGCAUGAACCACUGCGGGGAGAAGUUCCACAGUGAGGUGGCCAAGUUCCGCUUCCUGAAUGAGCUGAUCAAAGUGUUGUCCCCAAAGUACCUGGGCGCCUGGGCCACCGAGAAAGUGAAAGCUCGCGUCAUCGAGAUCCUCUUCAGUUGGACUGUCUGGUUCCCUGAGGACAUCAAGAUCCGAGAUGCCUAUCAGAUGCUGAAGAAGCAAGGAAUCAUAAAGCAAGACCCUAAACUGCCUAUGGAUAAUAUCUUGCCUCCACCUUCCCCCUGGCCCAAGAGCUCCAUCUUUGAUGCUGAUGAAGAGAAGUCCAAGCUGCUGACAAGACUUCUCAAGAGCAGCCACCCUGAGGACCUCCAGGCUGCGAACCGGCUUAUUAAGCAUCUGGUCAAGGAGGAGCAAGAAAAAUCAGAGAAAGUGUCCAAGAGGGUGAGUGCGGUGGAGGAGGUCCGAAGCCAUGUGAAAGUGCUGCGGGAGAUGCUGAGCACGUACCGCAGGCCGGGCCAGGCCCCACCAGACCAGGAAGCCCUGCAGGUCGUGUAUGAAAGAUGUGAGAAGCUGCGGCCCACCCUAUUCCGGCUGGCCAGUGACACCACAGAUGACGACGAUGCGCUCGCGGAGAUUCUCCAGGCCAACGACCUCCUCACCCAGGGAGUUCUGCUGUACAAACAGGUGAUGGAGGGCCGAGUCACCUUUGGGAACACAGUGACUAGCUCAGUGGGAGACAUUCCUGUCUCUAGAGUGUUUCAGAAUCCCACAGGCUGUAGCAAGAACUGCCCCCUGAUCGACCUGGACAUGCACAGUGCAUCUGGGCAGGCUGGGCCUGUGACGCCAUCUCUGCUUCAUCAGGACCUGGCAGCCUUAGGGAUCAGUGAUGCUCCUGUUCUGAGUAAGGUUGCUGGUCAGAGUUGCUGCAAGGAAAAGAAUCCCCAAGAAGGCGGCAUGCAGAGCCCUUCUGGAGACAGGAACUUGCUGGAUCUCCUCUCGCCACAGCUGUCUCCAGGGUCCCUGAAUUAUGUGCCACAGAAAAGUAUUCCAAAGGAAGUGCCACCAGGUACCAAGUCCUCCCCAGGCUGGUCGUGGGAGGCUGGCUCCCUGGCGUCUUCCCCAGCAUCACAGAACACACCUCUAGCUCAGGUGUUUGUCCCUUUGGAGUCUGUGAAGCCCAGCAGCCUGCCCCCGGUUAUCGUAUAUGACCGCAAUGGCUUCCGCAUUCUGCUGCACUUCUCCCAGACCGGAGCCCCGGGCCAUCCGGAGGUGCAGGUCUUACUGCUGACUAUGAUGAGCACUGCCACGCAGCCUGUCUGGGACAUCAUGUUUCAGGUGGCUGUGCCCAAGUCCAUGCGGGUAAAGCUGCAGCCGGCCUCCAGCUCCAAGCUGCCUGCAUUCAGCCCUUUGAUGCCUCCAGCCGUGAUCUCCCAGAUGCUGCUGCUCGACAAUCCACAUAAAGAACCCAUCCGGUUACGGUAUAAACUCACCUUCAACCAGGGUGGACAGCCCUUCAGCGAAGUGGGAGAAGUGAGAGACUUUCCAGACCUGGCUGUCUUAGGCGCGGCCUAACUUUCCAGAUGGGCCUUUGACUUCAACUUGGGCCACCGUUCUUUUCACUGUUGGGUCUCAUCCCAGGGCUUUAGUGCAGAGUGCCAACUGUUCUCUCCUGAUGUCAGGCUCUGAAUGCCAGUCUCUGGCCUGUUCUGUAGACACUGUGUGUGUGUCUCUGUGUGCGUGUGCGUGUGUGUGUGCGUGUGUGUGUGUGUGUUUUGUAGGGGCAGCAUGGGAGAUGUGGAAGCAUUUCACAUGACCAUUUGGGCUGACAGCUGUCUUGUCUCCGCAUGUUGGUGGGCACUGCAGUCUCUGCCAAAGCUUUCUUCCUGGAUUGUUACCUUCUCAUCUACCCAAUCUGUGCCUUGUCAGCCGUUGAAAGUCUUGGUUGCUCCCAGGCUGCUGUUCUCAGGGACCUUCUGAGGGACCUGGUUGGUCCUGGGGCAGAGGGGCCUCCAGGCACUCUCUUCCAAGGAAGACCUCGUCUCCAUCAUUUCAGUGUGCCACUUGCAUGUGUUCGGAGUGAUCUAGUUGGAAUACUUGGCCUCUUGAGCUGUCUGCAGGCGGGAGGCUGCUUGCCAGACCAGAAACCACAUUUGGUUGGUCAGUCCUGUCCUUCACCACUGUGCCUUAGUAUUGCCCUUAGAUGGAGCCUCUAGACAGAGGGCAAAGCUGACCCCAGGCCUUGCUCAGGCCUCUGGGCCCUGACUCAGGACCCCCAUGUCCAUCUUCACCCUCUUCUUUCACCAGCUCCCUUUGAGCUCUUUAAUGUGAACCCCAUUUAGUCAUCGGAGACUCCAGCUGGCAGGUCAGCCCUGGCUUGGUGACCUCUCAAUCCCAGAUGGAGAGUUGAGGUAUGCAGGUGACCAGAAGAGAUUAGCAAUGAUGUAGGUGGUCACUGAACCAGAAUGUCAUUGAAUAAAUACCACGUAGCAAACUGGCCUCUUGGUGUCAAGUGGAUGUGGUGCCAAGGCACUGAGAGGUGACAGGCCACAGCUGUCUUCUGGUGAGCAGUGAUGAAAACUUGGAACUAUCUCAGCCAGAGCAGAGCACUGAAGAGCCCUCUGAAGGAGCCCUGAAGAAAGCUGGAGAGGAGAGCUUUAGAAUCUGAAGGGCAGACUCAGGCGUACCAAUCUGAUUAUGCUCACACAUACCUACUGUGUGCUGUGAACAUGAUGUUCAUGUUUAACAAGUCCACUUAGUGCAUCAGUGGGAGGAGGACGCUGAGUUGGGGAGGGGGGAUGAGGAGUGGGGGAGGCUGGACAGGAUUCUACCUCAAACUGCAAGGCUGUUUUGGAGUUCUUAUUGAUGAGAUCCAAUACUUUCAUUCUGAUCAUUUACCUCUAUAUACAGCUGGAAAUCUCACAGUCAUGGGUGGGGGUGGGGGCUGUAAAGAUAAUCAAGGCAUGCUGAUUUUGAAGCCAGUGUGAAACGUUAUAAAGCAGAUAAUGAUUCGUGUAA